AUGAUUCUUACACUGAGUUUCGUUAAACAGGGCGUUCUAAAGCAAAUUUUAACUGAAGGUGAAAAAUACGUAAUGUCUGUAAGCCCAGUGCUAACCUUCAGUGAACAAGCGACAUAUGAUGUAGUGAAUAACCUGGGAAGCUUGGCGGCGCGUUUCAUUUUUAGACCCAUCGAAGAUAGUAGCUACUUUUUCUUUACACAAACUAUUGCUCGUGAUAUUGAACUCCACAAACAAAAUCGUGACAACAUUUUACAAGCAGCAAAAGUUCUACGAAACUUGUCCUUAGCAGUUACAUCCAUUGGCUUAUUGGCGCUAACUUUUGGUCAAAGUUACUCACAUACUAUACUUCUAUUAUAUGGCGGGCCUGAUUUUGUUGCUGGUGGGCUACCACAGCGGUUGCUGCAAUGGCAUUGUUUAGCUAUAUACUUCUUAGCUAUUAACGGCAUCACGGAAGGCUAUAUGUUUGCUACGAACACUAGCAAAGAUAUUGACAAAUAUAAUUAUUUAAUGGCAGUAUUCUCAGUUAGUUUUCUUAUACUCUCUUACAUUUUAACGAGCUGGUUAGGCCCAGUAGGAUUUAUAUUCGCUAACUGUAUCAACAUGUUUUGUAGAAUCUGCUACAGUACACGUUUCAUAUUUCGACAAUACAAGCCAACAGGUUUGAACCCACUGCUGGGCUUGCUCCCCGGAAAAUGGUUUGCUAUGACCCUUUUGGCAACAGGCACAUUUUGUAAAUAUUUGUCGUACUGCUCAACACCAAUUUUGGUAUUCUUUAUAUAUGGCUUUUUAAGUGUUGUUUGCUGUCUCAUUGUUUGGACUAUCGAAAACAGUGAUCUGGUGAAAUUGGCUUGGCGGUAUGGACGACGUCUUAAAACUGAUUGAACAAAAUCGCUAAUAUAUAAUUAAUUAAUAUGUAGUGCCUACCUAAGAUUUACUACGAUCCUAGCCCCAAUUUAUUUAUUGAGAGAAAAAUUGUUAUUAGUUUGUGUAAAUAAUAUUUUAUUAUUAUUAUUCA